AGCGCCAUGAAGGGCGAGCUGGAGGAGGCCGAACAGGUUCUGCACCAAGCCCUGCGGCUGUCGCACCAGUCGGAUAACAGGAAAGCCAUCGUCUACACCUACAGCAUGAUGGCAAACGUGGCCUUCAUGCAGGGACAGCUGGACAAUGCAGAAAAGCUGUACAAAGCAAGUAUGAGCUAUUUGCUUGCAGGGGACACGAAGGAGGAUGACAAUGCAGUCCUUGAGAUGUCCCUCAAGCUGGCCAGUAUCUAUGCUGCUCAGAAACAGCACAAAUUAGCCCUGGCUGGCUACCAGUUCUGCAUCCUGACCUUAGAGGAGAAGAUUGCCAAGCAAAAGGACUUGCCUGAGGAUGUCUUACCAGCUGAAGAAAAGGCCAACACCCAUCUCUUGCUUGGGAUGAGCCUAGACUCCUAUGCUCGCUACCUCCUAAACAUUAACCAGCUCCCAGUGGCCCAAAAAAUGUACGAGAAGGCUCUGCAGAUAUCAAACGAUGUUCAGGGAGAGACUCAUCCACAGACUGUGGUCCUCAUGAAUGACUUGGCAACCGUACUGGAUGCUCAGGGGCACUACGAUGAGGCAUACUCCUAUGUGAAGAGGGCAGCUGAGCUGGCAAAGGAGACUGAACACCCCGAGGAGCACAUGGUGCUGAACAACCUGGCAGCAAUUCUGAUGCACAAAGAAGACUUUCUGCAAGCAAAACAAGUGUACAAAGAAGCUCUCAAGCAGGCACAACAGAAGGGAGAUGUUGCUUCUGUCCAGCAUAUCCAGGAAGAACUAGCUGAGCUGGCCAAGAGGAGAAAAGGCUCCAAAUAAGUUUGGCCACAGAGUCCAACCUAGAGGUGGCUGACAGCAGCAAGGGUUGGGCAGUACAAGCAGCCUGGGACCAGUUUGGUGCAAUUCUCCAGGGGAACAGCAAUGAGGAGUUUAAGGACAAUUAACAAGAAGGGCUGCUCUUGCAUAACAACUUUGCCCAAAAUAAAGUUAUGAAAUCUUAA